AUGGCUGGCUUUUUCUCACUAGGAGGAGGUGGUGGCGCUGGAAGAGGCGGAAACAAUAGCAGCAAUCAAGAACAAGAAAGCAGUAGCCACCACAACAAUCCACCCUCAGAACUCAACCCAGAAAGCUGGUUUUUGUUCAGAAAUGAAGAUAUACCAUAUAAAGGCUUCGAGCUUUGGCAGAACCACCCAAAUCAGCAAGAAAAUCAACAUUUCCUUCAACGGCAGAAUCAGAAUCCGCUUCAAGAUCUCUAUGCAUCAGCAGGAGGAUUAGCAGUUGGGCCGAGUCGAACCGGCUUUGAAAUCUCGAAUGAUUCUCCGAGGUCGGGAUUUCUUAUGAUGAGGAGCAGCGGCGGAGCUGCUGCUGGUGGUGGAAUUAGCUGCCAGGAUUGUGGGAAUCAAGCAAAGAAAGAUUGUUCUUACAUGAGAUGUAGAACUUGCUGCAAGAGCCGAGGGUUUCAGUGCCAAACUCACGUGAAGAGCACUUGGGUUCCAGCUGCUAAAAGAAGAGAGAGACAGCAACAGCUUGCUGCCUUGCAAGAACAACAACAAGAACACAAUCAGCAACAGCCACACAGAGACACUGCUAAAAGGCAAAGAGAGAAUCCAAAUGCUUCUUCCUCUCUCGUUUGCACUAGAAUACCAGCUAGCACGUCAGGGUUAGAACUUGGGAAUUUCCCAUCGGAAGUAAAUUCGGAGGCGGUUUUUCGCUGCGUUAGAGUAAGCGCCAUUGAUGAUGCUGAAGAUCAGUACGCAUAUCAGACUGCAGUUAACAUUGGUGGGCAUGUAUUUAAGGGAAUUCUAUACGAUCAAGGCCUUGAAAACCAGUAUAUCGCCGGAGAAACCUCAUCUGGUGGUGGAAGUGUCAGCGCAGGAGUUCAACAACUUAAUUUAAUAACUGGAACCGCCAAUUCUGCAGCCACCACCUCCGCCGCCGGAGGUGGUUCUUCACCUUUUCUUGACCCUUCUUUAUACCCAGCACCGCUCAACACUUUCAUAGCUGGUACGCAAUUCUUCCCACCCCCAAGAUCCUGA